AUGUCUGCUCCUCAGGUUCAUGAUUUGACAAAAGAGGACGAUCCACCCAUGGAUCUUGACACCAAAGUUGACCAAGCUCGUCCCUCCGCCAGACGGUCGCGUCGCAAGACUGACACUCCUGCUGAUAAACAAAAGACGAAAAAGGAAAAAGAGGAUAAGAAAGAUAAGCCUGCCCGAGCUACUCCGACUCGUCGUCCUCGUGAGAAGUCAACUGCUUCCUCACGCAAGAAGCCCAAGCUGGAUGAAACUCCCAAACCUACUUCGGGGCUGGCGGCUCCUCCUGCUUCUGCUACUUCUGUUACCCCGAUCGACUCAAGUCCUUCGAAGCUGCCCCAUACUUCAACACAUCCCCAGCCUGCCCAACCUGCUACAACUCCAUACUCGCAUACUUCUCAGUCUACCAGUCCCGGAUCUUAUCUACCGCAAUUCCCCCCGCAGCAGUCACAGCCUGCACAGCCUGCACAGCAACCCGCUCCAGUUCCGCAACGUACGAGUGGUCAGAAUUUUGAUCCCAUUCGAUCGGCUUUUGACAACCCUUCACCUGCACCAGCUUACUCCCCCUCAGCUCAUGCACUGUCUCCGCGGAACAACUACAGUGCUAGCGCAUCGCCAGCUAUCUCCAGCAUUAUCGACCGUCCCCCUGUCGGACAGGUUUCGCAGCAGCUCUAUACACCCCAUCGCUCCCCGUCUGGUCAUGUCUCCACUGCUCUCUCUCCUGCAGCGCCUCCCGUUGCCCCGGCUUUUACGCCAAGCUCUCUAAACUCACCUGCAAUGGCUGCAUCUCUGUCGCAUGGGACUGUUCACACCCCACAGCCACUGGCGCGUCCAAAUUAUCUUACUCCGUACGCUGCUCCAGAACAGACCUCAAAACAAUCAUCGCCACUCAAGGAACCUUCUCCUCCAGCCUUGCAACAACCCCAACAAACACAGUCGCAGCCCAAGGCGCAAGUGCAGAAUCAACCGGGACCUUUGGCACAGACAGAAACUCCUCAAAAGCCCGUGUUGCCGUCGUCUGAUGGCGCAAUGGAUAUUGACCCAAAGGAGCAGCCGGCACCCAGCGCAAAGAAGGAAAAGGCACCCGCUGCUAAGGCAGCCAAAGAAACACCCAGAAUUCCUCAAGGCUCGGGUCGGAUCAGCAGUGCCCUGUUCGGGGGAGCCGAUGAUAAUUUGGAUGAUAGCCCACCUCCCGUGGGUGUGAACAUCGAUAUAGAAGUUGAUAUUAGCGGAGGAAAUGUCCACGUUAACUUUCUGCGCAUGGCCGAAGAGAAGUAUGGAUUUGAUGCCGUGCACCCUCGCAUAGCGGCUCGCAAACGCCAUUUGGCCCGAGUGAUAGCUGCAAGCAACGCAUUGGAGGCGAAGGCAGCCGGCGAAAGUCUCGAUGAGGAAAGUGCCGAUAUCGAUCAAGACAGCGACAUGGAUGGUGAUAUUUCCAUGAUCGGUGGAAAGAAUGACGAGUCGUCCUCAGUCAAGGAGGGAAAAAAGAAGCCCCGCCGCAAGAAGGUCGAAGAGUACGACCAGGACGAUGGCUUCAUUGACGAUACUGAGCUGUCUUGGCAGGCGGCUGCUGCUGCUAGCAAAGAUGGAUUCUUUGUAUACAGCGGGCCGCUCGUGCGUGACGGAGAGACAGCUCAGAUUGAAAGAGCGGAUGGUACGGUCAAACGUGGUCGUGGGCGGGGUCGUGGGACAGGUCGAGGGCGUGCGAAUGCAGCCAGCUCCCAUGUGGCCAUAGCUUCUGCAACAGCUUCUGUACCGAUCUCACAAGAUACAGGUCUGCCUCUUCGUGGGCCUGGAUCUCGGGGCGGUACCACUCGUCGGGCUCGCGGUGCCAAAAAGAACGAUGCUGGAGAUCAUAAGCGCGCUACCGAUAACAACAAUGGCAAUACAACUAGUAAUAAUGGAACAAAUGGUCGUGGGGGAAGUUCAUCAACUCGUGGAGCAAAAUCUGGCACAAGUUCUUCAACGGGCUCAGUGAAGGUCGAUCUUACUGCCCCUUCUGCAAGUCACACCAAUUCUGCACCUCCUACCCCAAGUCCGUUGGCUGGCCCGGAAUUGAAAUAA